AUGGCUUUAAAUCUACCGCAGAUUGUCCAGAUUUUAGAAGGUGAUGAAAGCAUCUUGGAGUAUGUUACAAAACGUCAAAAGUCUAAGCUUCAAAGGACAUACUCGGUGGAGCUCUUCGAUGCAGAUGAGUACAACUCAACCAAGUAUUUAAGUGAUAGGGAUAAACAACUGGAGUUUGUCUUGGGCCCCUCUAAUGAGUUCUAA